AUGUCGGUCAAGUUCGAGCAGGAACAGGUGCGGAUGAUGGCGCCCGCCGUUCCUGGCGGUCGCGAUGAGAGCACUGCGCACAAGAUCGGAGAGGCUUUGACUGGUGGCAAGCAAGCAACCGGGUACCUGGCUGCCUAUCUCAAACAGCUCCAAUCGAACCCUCUGCGCACUAAGAUGUUGACCUCGGGGACACUCUCCGCUCUACAAGAACUGCUGGCUUCCUGGCUGGCGCACGACAAGAGCAAGCAUGGCCAUUACUUCUCCUCGCGGAUACCAAAAAUGGCCGCGUAUGGCGCCUUCAUUUCUGCUCCCAUGGGCCAUGUGCUCAUCGGUUUCCUACAAUGGGUCUUCGCGGGUCGCACAAGCUUGAAAGCGAAGAUCCUUCAGAUCUUGACCAGCAAUUUAGUGAUCGCACCGAUCCAGAACACCGUCUAUCUCUCCUGCAUGGCUGUUAUUGCUGGGGCACGCGCCUGGCAUCAAGUCCGUGCGACCGUCCGCGCCGGCUUCUGGCCCGUCAUGCGCGUCAGCUGGAUCACUUCUCCUCUUGCGCUAGCUUUCGCCCAGAAGUUCCUGCCUGAGCAGACCUGGGUUCCAUUCUUUAACAUUGUGGCGUUCUGCAUCGGCACCUACAUCAACACUCACACCAAGAAGAAGAGGCUCGCUGCUUUGAGGAAGAAGCACUACGGCGACGGCCGAAGCUCGUCUGGACGUCCUGAUGAUCGCUACUAA